CAAACGUAACAAAACGAAACUAAAUCAAAUUUAAACAGAACAACUUGAACUCUCUCCAUCAUCACAAACAUCAAAAUAAAUUCAACAAUUUUCCGAAAUGGAUUAUCUAGAUGCCACCAUCGAUAGCAUGGAGAACAGUCGUUUUGUCGCCGUUUAUGGCGGCCUGAUCAGGGAACUUGUAGGGAUUUCGCAUCUUUCCCAGACGGAUAUCAACUGUCUGCUGAUGGUUUACUACAAGUUCGCCAAGGUCAAUGGGCCAAAUGCCAAGAAGAUGACCAAAAUUCAGUUCUAUCAACUGUUUUUGGUGCUGUUCAAAGUUUCAAAUGUGCAGACCAUUGAUCGCACUUUAUUUGCCGUCACCAAGGAUGUGAAGUACGUGAGUCCCCAGGCCUGGGUGCAGCUCUUCAGUCUCUACACAACCAAGGAUCUCUCAGUGCGUAUGCGCUUUGCCUUUGAUAUCUAUGAUACAAAGGCCACUGGCUUUAUAGAUCGCGAACAAGUAAGUUUGGCUUGCGAGAAAUUCUUCACUGGCGAAGACGAGGAUGAGAUCACAGAACUAAGAGCGGACAUGGGUGAAUUUAUUAUCAAGAAGUUUGAUGUCGACAAGGAUGGUUUGAUCUCGUUUGAGGACUACUCCGCUGUGGUCUCCGAGCAGCCUUGUCUGCUCGAGUUCUUGGGCCGGCUCUUUCCUUCUCCCGAGGACAGGGAAAUAAUGGCCCAUUGCAUUAAUAUGGAUUCGAUUCUGACUUAAAUUGAUUCAACUUGUUCAAUUAAAUUUGUAUUUUU